AUGUCUUCUCGUAAACGUGUGUUUGAUUUGCUGAGAACGAUUAACGUUGCUGCAUGCCAAUGCCCUGCCCAUAGUCAUAGAGGAAACUUCCAGGUGACUAAUGCAACACCAACAAAAGAUUAUGCGUUUGAAAUAAAAUGCUCGACUGUAAGAUAUGGGUUAGGUGUUACAAAAGAGGUUGGCCUGGAUCUUGUCAACCUGGGUGCUAAAAAUGUUUGUGUUAUGACUGAUCCCAAUGUGGUAUCAUUGAGUCCAACUAAGGCUGUGUUAGAUUCACUUACAAAAAAUGGAAUAAACUACAAAGUAUAUGACAAUGUUAGAGUGGAGCCAACAGAUACAAGUUUUAAGGAUGCCAUAGAGUUUGCAAAAUCUGGUGAAUUUGAUAGUUUCGUAGCUGUUGGAGGUGGAUCAGUGAUGGAUACAUGUAAGGCAGCAAAUUUGUACUCAUGUGAUCCUGAUGCAGAAUUCCUGGACUAUGUCAAUAUGCCUAUUGGUAAAGGAAAGCAAGUUACUGUUCCUCUGAAGCCUCUCAUUGCAAUUCCGACAACCAGUGGUACAGGAAGUGAAACAACAGGCAUGAGUAUUUUUGACUAUGAAGAAAUUCAUGCUAAAACUGGUAUAGCAAAUUCUGCGCUUAGACCUCUCCUGGCCCUAAUAGAUCCUCUUCACACAUUAACUGUGCCCAAAAAUGUUGCCAUAUUCUCUGGCUUUGAUAUAUUUUGUCAUGCAUUGGAAAGUUUUACGGCAAUACCUUAUUCUGAGCGUGGACCUGCGCCGUCGAAUCCUGCUUUGAGGCCAGUGUAUCAAGGAAGCAAUCCUAUCUCUGAUGUCUGGUCCAGAUUUUGCUUGCAGACACUAGCGAAAUACUUCCAGCGAUCGGUAAACAACGCGGAUGAUAUAGAAGCGCGUUCGAGCAUGCACCUCGCCGCCACAAUGGCCGGAGUGGGCAUUGGCAACGCGGGCGUACAUCUGUGCCACGGCCUAGCCUAUCCUAUUGCGGGCAACGUGAAAGAAUUUAUCCCAGAUGAUUAUGGAAAGGACCCAAUAAUACCUCACGGACUAGCAGUAGUAAUGACGGCUCCAGCAGUGUUCCGCUUUACAGCUCAAAGCGAUCCCGACAAGCAUUUGGAAGCUGCCAAUCUUUUGGGUUUUGACAUCGCGAAUCGCAAACAAGAAGACGCCGGCCAAGUACUGGCUGAUGCCAUAUUAAGUUAUAUGGAAAAGAUGAAUAUAGAUAAUGGGCUUUCUAGUCUUGGGUAUAACAGUGAGGAUAUACCAAAGCUAGUUAAAGGUGCUUUGCCACAGCAUCGAUUAUUACAAUUAACUCCAGUUACACAGACAGAAGAAGAUUUACAUAAACUUUUGGAGGAUUCUUUAACUAUAUAUUAAUAUAUUAAAAGGUUAAAAGCAAUCUUGUUAUUAUAUUUGUAAGGAAAAUGGUUUUGUUUUGAAAUA